GAAAUAGUGAAUGUAGGGUCCGGGGAGACCAGAUAUAGUGAAUGCAGGGUCCGGGGAGACCAGAUAUAGUGAAUGCGGGGUCCGGGGAGACCAGAUAUAGUGAAUUCAGGGUCCGGGGGACCAGAUAUAGUGAAUGAUGGUCCGGGGAGACCAGAUAUAGUGAAUGCGGGGUCAGGUGAAUGCAGGGUCCGGGGAGACCAGAUAUAGUGAAUGCGGGGUCCGGGGAGACCAGAUAUAGUGAAUGCGGGGGGGGGUCCUCCGGGGGUUUAGUGUGCGGGUCCUGGAAAAGCAAAAAUAUGA